AUGACACCCGCGGCAGAUAUCCCGCAGGCGGCGAGACCCGCCACAGGCGGAGAGGACGCAGAGCGCCAGUCGACAGCAACGUUCGAGACGCGUGCCGUGUUCCAGAAGCGGGCGAAGAAAGGCAAAGACCGGCUGGGGCUGAGACGGGUGUCGCGGAAGAGAUGCCGGCUGAAGAAGCCGAAGCGAAGUGGGUGCUUCGUGAUAGGCGGACCCAAAUGGCCACCAGCAGCCCCGGUCAAAUUGACGGAGGAAGCCGAAGACGGCAGCGACGCAAAAGGAGAUGACGGAGACCGCGACUACGACUAUGGCGGAGGCGAAGACGCGCAAGACGACGGCGACGGCGAAGACGAAGAAGGAAGCAACGAACACAUCGAGGAGGACGACGGAGGAGGGGUGAGCGGUAGAGAAACCGCGACGGAGACGCCCGGGCCGACGGCGGAACAGCAGGACAACCAAGCCGAGAGUGUCACGCGCCAAUGGCUGAUCGACCACGUCCCUGUGGGCGAGGCGGUACCGUGGCCUGCGGACAUCCAACGGACGCUCACGAUGUUGAACCCGGACAACAUUCGAUUAAUCUUGGUGUAA